AUGGCUUCUUCCUUUCUGUUGUCCGCCCAGUCUCCUUUAGCUGUCCUCCUCUUCUUCUCGCUCUUCUUGGUUGGCACCACUUCAUUUCCUGGUGCAGGCGCUUCUGCUUCCUCCAUUCCUGUUUUCGCUAUCAAUGCGACUGAGAACAAGGAUGAAGCAGAGGCUCUCCUGAAUUGGAAAUACUCUCUUGACAACCAUAGCCAAUCUCUCCUCUCUUCAUGGCACGGGAACAAUGCUUGCCGCUUUACUGGUGUCACUUGCGACGACCACGGAGCCAUCGCCCAUCUAAAUCUUUCCGAUCUUGGUUUGGGAGGAACUCUAGACGGCCUCGACUUUUCGCGCUUAACCAGUGUGGUCAUCAUUGAACUUAGCAACAACUCAAUCCAUGGCUCCAUUCCCUCGAGUAUCGGUAACCUUUCCAAACUCAACUAUCUAGAUCUUUGCAACAAUGAACUGUCCGGGGACAUUCCUCCAAGUAUAGGUACGCUGGAGAGUCUUCAUUCUUUGUACCUAUGUGCAAAUCAGCUUUCUGGGCCCAUUCCUCCUCCUCUUGGAAAAUUAGGCAAUUUAACCGAAUUAGGCCUUUCACGCAAUAACUUUUCCGGUCCAAUUUCAAGAGAGAUUAGUGACUUGAGGAAUUUGAAAUAUCUUUACUUAUGGCAAAACGAACUUUCAGGACCCAUACCUUCGGAAAUCGGGAGGCUGACUUCUCUUAUCGAGCUUGACCUAUCAAAAAACAAACUCUCCAACUCAAUUCCUCAUUCCAUCGGAAACUUGACAAAUUUAUCUCUUCUUUACCUCUUUCAAAAUGGACUUUCGGGAUCCAUACCUUCAGAAAUUGGGAGGCUGGCUUCUCUCAUCGAGCUUGAACUAUCAGAAAGCGAACUCACCGGCUCAAUUCCUCGUUCCAUCGGAAACUUGACAAGUUUAUCUCUUCUUUAUCUCUAUCAAAAUGAACUUUCGGGACCCAUACCUUCAGAAAUCGGGAGGCUCACUUCUCUUGUCAAACUUGACCUGUCAGAAAACAAGCUCUCCGACUCAAUUCCUCGUUCCAUCGGAAACUUGACAAGUUUAUCUUUUCUUCACCUCUUUUCAAAUGGACUUUCGGGAUCCAUACCUUCAGAAAUUGGGAGGCUGGCUUCUCUCAUCGAGCUUGAACUAUCAGAAAGCGAACUCACCGGCUCAAUUCCUCGUUCCAUCGGAAACUUGACAAGUUUAUCUCUUCUUUACCUCUUUAAAAAUGAACUUUCGGGACCCAUACCUUCAGAAAUCGGGAGGCUCACUUCUCUUGUCAAACUUGACAUGUCAGAAAACAAGCUCUCCGACUCAAUUCCUUGUUCCAUCGGAAACUUGACAAGUUUAUCUUCUCUUCACCUCUUUUCAAAUGGACUUUCGGGAUCCAUACCUUCAGAAAUUGGGAGGCUGGCUUCUCUCAUCGAGCUUGAACUAUCAGAAAGCGAACUCACCGGCUCAAUUCCUUGUUCCAUCGGAAACUUGACAAGUUUAUCUCUUCUUUACCUCUUUAAAAAUGAACUUUCGGGACCCAUACCUUCAGAAAUCGGGAGGCUCACUUCUCUUGUCGAACUUAGUCUACAAAGAAACAAACUCUCCGGCUCAAUUCCUCGUUCCAUCGGAAACUUGACAAGUUUAUCUCUUCUUUACCUCGAUCAAAAUGAACUUUCAGGACCGAUACCUUCGGAAAUUGGAAGCCUGACCAAUCUCACUAUACUGAACCUUGGCAACAACAAAUUCUUUGGUUCCUUGCCUCCUGAAUUCAAUAAGUUAACAGAGUUGACUGAUUUGCAGCUGUAUAACAAUGAACUAGAGGGGGAACUACCAGAAGAUGUAUGUCUUGGGAGAUCAUUGCAAAAUUUCUCCGUUCUCAAUAAUCAUUUCACGGGUCCCAUCCCCACAAGCCUAGAGAACUGCAGCACAUUAAUCAGAUUGAGGCUCGACAGAAACCAACUUACUGGAAACAUAACAGAAGCUUUCGGAAUAUAUCCACGUCUAGAGUACAUGGACUUGAGCAGCAAUCAUUUGAACGGCGAACUUUCGUGGAAAUGGGAGCAUUGUCGUAAUCUAACGAGCUUGAGGAUAUCAAAUAACGACAUUUCUGGUGAGAUACCCGCGAUAUUUGGACGGAUGGCUCAAUUACAGCUACUGGACCUUUCUUCAAAUUAUUUAAGCGGAGAGAUUCCAAGGGAAUUGGGAAGCCUGUCGAUGCUAUUAGAACUCGAUUUAAGCAACAACUCGAUCAUGGGAAAUGUCCCCACUGAGAUUGGACUUUUAUCCCAUCUGACACAACUGAACUUGGCAUUAAACAAUUUGAGCGGAUCGAUACCAGUGCAGUUAGGCUCAUGCAAAAGCUUGUGGAGCUUGAACUUGAGCAUAAACAAAUUUCAGAGAAGCAUUCCUCCUGAGAUAGGCAACACACAAGUCCUCGAGGUUCUUGAUCUCAGUUAUAAUAUUUUGUCAGAAAAUAUACCAGGAGAGCUUGCAAAACUGAGAAACUUGCAAAUUCUAAAUAUCUCCCACAAUAGCCUGUCUGGUUCCAUCCCACAGUCUUUUGGUGAUAUGUCGGCCCUGACUUCUAUCGAUGUAUCCUACAAUGACCUGGAAGGUCCUCUCCCAAAUGUCAAAGCUUUCAAUGAGGCUCCAUUCGAGGCAAUUCAACAUAACAAAGGGCUCUGUGGAAACGUUGUUGGUUUGCCGAAAUGCAAUUCCACCAGGAGCGAGAAGCACAAUCGACAUGUUGGAGUUAGUUUCGCCUUUAUCCUAGUUCUCUCAUUCUUGGGGUUUCUCCUUUUCUCUUGCGCCUUGGUCUUUCCAGUAAUUGUCAAUAAUCGUCAUAGAAGGAUUAAGAAGAGAGAGGACAAUAAACGGGGAAAUGAUUUGGAUUUCAUGAGUAUUUUGGGUUAUGAUGGCAAAGUUUUCUAUGAUCGAAUCAUUGAGGCCACAGAAGGAUUUGACUCCAAGUACUAUGUGGGUGAAGGAGCAUAUGGAAUUGUUUAUAAAGCCGAGAUAUCAAAAGGUCAAACGUUUGCUGUCAAGCAAACCUCGUCAUCCCAGGAAGAUCCUGAGAUCGUUGAUUUGGCACCAUUUGAAAGGGAAAUUCAAGCAUUGACAAGCAUACGCCAUCGCAAUAUCGUAAAAUUUUAUGGCUUCUGUUCUCAUGCCCAACGCUGCUUUUUGGUGUAUGAGUACUUGGAAAGAGGCAGCUUGAGAACAACUUUGAACGAUCAUCAAAUAGCAAUAGAAUUUGGAUGGGAUAAGAGGAUAAAUGUGGUCCGAGGAGUUGCGGAUGCAUUGUCCUAUAUGCAUCAUGAAUGUUCUCCUCCGUUGAUUCAUCGAGACUUGACCAGUAGCAACAUUCUAUUGGAUCGUGAUUAUGAGGCUCAUGUUUCUGAUUUUGGUACUGCACGAUUGUUGAAGCCGGAUUCAUCGAACUGGACGGCUAUUGCUGGUACCAUUGGGUAUAUUGCUCCAGAGCUAGCUUAUUCUUCAGUUCCAACCGAAAAGUGUGAUGUAUAUAGCUUUGGAGUCGUCGCAUUAGAGACAAUCAUGGGAAAGCAUCCAAGAGGUUAUGUCUCUCGAGAAUGUUCAUCAUCCGCCCAAACUAAUUUGGUGAUGUUGAAGGGUGUGCUGGAUCAACGUCUCUCACCUUUGAGACUUGGCCUUCAAGAUGCGCAGGACGUGGUCUUGAUUGCCAAGCUAGCAUUCAAGUGCUUGCAAGCCAAUCCGAAGCUUCGACCUACAAUGGGACAAGUCUCGCGUGAGCUUCGCUCUCAAGUACCCCUGGAUAUGCCACUCUCUGCAAUCAACUUAGAGCAACUUCGUGAUCCCAAUAUAAAAAAAUUUGGAGCAUUUCAGGAGAUGAGCUAGGUGCGAUGUUUAUAGUUUGAAGUCGCGACA